AGAUUCCGAUGCACUCAUAUUGGGUCGUGUCAUCACUCCCCAUGCGGCUCGGCCAGCGAACGGACUAGAUUCCGGUUUCGAACCCUUGGGGGUCCGCAACAUCUGGCACCCGAACGGGGACCCGAGAAACCAGGAUUGAAGGUCAGAAUGUUUGUGUAGCGCAAUUCGGACCAAGAGCACCAACGUCACAGCGGCGAGCUGGGGGGCAGCAUUGCCUAGACCGACCAAAAGGGGUCUGCACGGAUCCGGAGGGCUCUACUGGGCACUGCGUACGGCGCACAGCAGUGGGAUGCGGAGCACACGGCAGUUAGACACGGAUUGCAGUGUAACCAUGGAAAGAGAGGUACACUAUGGGUUCCGGCCAAAUGGACUAAGGCUGCUGUAUCUAUUCCUGAUCCUCAUCCCCAGCAGUCUGGCAAUACUCCAGAUGAAGCAACCAACGAACCCGUGGGUGACGUGGGCUAACCUUACAGGCCAAACUGAUUUCUGUCUUAGUCUCCAAUCAGCAGCUGAGCCCUUCCGCACCUGUCUAGUGGGGCUACCUCAAUACCAACUAGAGGACUUCCAUGGUUAUGUGACUAAUGUUACUACCUGUGAAGAUAAGAGCGACACCGCUGCCCAAAGCGCUUGUAUAAUAAAUAGCCUAAAUCAGACUCUUCCCUGGGAUCCCCAAGAAUUGGAAAUCUUUGGAUCUCAGGCAGUAAGGAACGGGUCAGGGAACGGAACUCGUACCUGUGUCUGCUUCGGCACAGUAUGCUAUGCCAGCGAAGGUAGGCGUACAUGUGUCUGUUUUGGAAAAUCGCUUAGAACGAGUGGUAUUGGUGGUAUUACAACGCAGGCGAUUCUUACCCAGCUAGCGACCUGGGGGUUGUCCAGAGAUCAAUACCCCUAUGAGAACAAAUCGUGGACCUUAGUAUCUCCAAUUAACGACCAUAGUUUCUCCUUGACAGGCUCCUACUGUGGGUAUACAGCAAACGUCACUCGAAAAAUAAGAGGACAAAAUGUUACUGGCCUAUGGCCCUUUUAUGCCUAUGGCGUUACGUUCCAGACUAAUAGCAGAGAGAGUCUUUUGAACAACUCCACGGCUAAGGCCCUUCCACCGGGCAUUUUCCUAAUUUGUGGUGAUCGGGCCUGGCAAGGGAUACCAGCUAACGCUCUGGGAGGUCCCUGCUAUCUGGGAAGAUUAACUCUCUUCAUGCCGCAGCAAUAGCAAUGGCUCAACAUAUCAAAGAGCAUGAUGGCUACAACUCGGCAGCGGCGCUCCACGGGUAACCUGCAACCUGAUUGUAAUGACAAUGUGGAACUCUGGUCCGCCAUGGCGCGAAUCUUUGCCUCUUACUACACACCAGGAGUGGCCACGGCUCAAGCUUUAAGGCAGAUAGAAAAACUUGCUUGUUGGACGAUUAAGCAAUCGAACAAGACUUCCUUGAUUUUAGACGCUUUGUUAGAGGACAUGAACAGUACGAGGCAUGCUAUCUUGCAAAAUCGCGCGGCUAUUGACUUUUUGCUUUUGGCUCAGGGACAUGGGUGUCGGGAUUUUGGGGGGAUGUGCUGUUUUAACUUAUCAGACCACAGCAAUUCUGUACAUAAACAAUUGCAGUGGCUGAAGGGGCAUACUCAAAAGGUGCAUACAAAUAAAAAUCUGCUUGAUGACUGGCUAAGCAAUCUAUUUGGUGGCCUAUCACCAUGGCUACUUGGGCUGGUUAAGGAAGGCUUACGCUGGCUGUUGACUAUUAUUACUCUUCUAAUUGUACUUCGCAUUGCUUAUAGUUGCAUAGUGCACGGUGUGGAAAGGCUCACACAGGGUGUCAUGCUCGUACAAAAAGAAAAAGGGGGAAUUGUUGAGGGAUGGCUUCACAUCCGAGGGGGCCAUGGGUCUCUUGGACAGUUGUACGAGCAGAACAGGCCUAACAAUUGGCAGGAGAUACAAAUGGAAAAGUACUAGCUCGUUAUAAUGGCUGUGAGCUCGGGUGCUAUGUGCACAACCCAGGCUAUGAGAUCCUGAAGCUGUCAAAGCAAGAAAAAAAACUGAGGCUUCAGUUAAGAUAAGGGGGUAGCUCGCCUGGGAAGAGAUUAAGACAGUGGAAUGGUAUGAAAACAUGCAUGACCAAUGGUAUUGUUAGGCAGGGGGCUUUUCGCAGUGCUCCAACCAAUUACAAGCUGACGUGCGUUCGCUACAAUCUAUGUCUGUGUGUAAGAAGCGGAUAAUAAAAGCAGAGUUCUGAUGCACUCAUAUUGGGUCGUGUCAUCACUCCCCAUGCGGCUCGGCCAGC